AUGCCUGCCGACCGAAAUACCACCCAGCGCCGCCCUUCGUCUACUCCAUACCUUCUCUCCCCAGGUGGAUACGACGAAGAUGCUGCGCCCAUACGCGCGCUAUCCGAUCAGGAAUCGGACUCUGAAGAUGACCAGCUCAUGGAAGCUUCCCGAAGUACUCUCGACCUGGUACAACACGACCGUACCGUGUUAGAGGAAGAAGAGGAGCGGGAGCGACUGUUAAUCAAGGCGAAAUCGAGUCCAACGGAUGGCCUUCGAAGAAUAUUCGGGGCCAAUCCCCAUGACAAUGGGAGUUUUAGUGUGAGGAUUGGGAAACGGGACCGGAGUAGGCGGCGGAGAAAAUCGUUAGCUGCAAUGACAAGCGAUCGGAGGAGGCGGAGGAGCUCUGCGCAGAGCAAUAAUGACGCUAUGAAUUUGGGGGAAGAUGAUGAAUUAAUGUACGAGAUGGAAGAGGGGGUAUGCAAAGCUAUCGAGUCUGACGACGAUUCACGAUCCGUAUCAACAAUAAGCUCCGUAUCUAGCGACUUGGACCCUCGUGAUAUCGGAAGCAGAGGCUACUUUGCCAGUGACUCAUCAUGUCGAAUGAUUUCUCUGCUUUCUUUCGCUAUUAUAAUUCUAUUCUGCCUUCUAUACUUAGGGGCUUAUAAAGCGUCAAGUGGUUAUCGGAUAUCUCACCAACAAUCCCCCAAUACUAUAUCCAACGGCACCUCAUUGUUUUUGCCUACGACCAUUCUCAUUUCUCUUGAUGGAUUCCGAGCCGACUUCCUUACCCGUGGUCUCACACCAACCCUCAACUCCUUCAUAGCCAAUGGAAUAUCGCCCAAAUAUAUGCUUCCAAGCUUUCCAUCCGUUACAUUCCCCAACCAUUAUACACUGGUAACCGGCCUGUAUCCCGAGAGCCAUGGAAUUGUUGGAAAUACCUUUUGGGAUCCCGAGCUAAAGGAUGAUUUCUACUAUACGAAGCCUGAGAAGAGUAUGAAACCAAAGUGGUGGAAAGCCGAACCCAUCUGGGCAACUGCCGAGAAACAAGGAGUGAAAACUGCUAUUCAUAUGUGGCCGGGAUCCGAGGCCCACAUAAUGGGAAUUGAGCCAACCUUCUUAGAUAAAUUUAAUGGAAGUGAGGCCCUGCCUCGAAAAGUUGACCGAAUAUUUGAAUUACUCGACCUCCCCGGAGAAAAGGACAUGGAUAUUCCGCCAACCACUAAACAGCGGAGACCUCAGCUCAUUGCAGCUUACGUACCAAAUGUGGAUGCUGCAGGACACAAUUUUGGGCCAAACAGUACGGAAAUUAGAACAACAAUUGCCAAUGCUGAUAAAAUGUUGGCUUCUAUCCUGCAAGGCCUAGAAGAAAGGAAUUUGACCGACGUUGUUAAUAUUGUGGUUGUUUCUGAUCAUGGAAUGGCUACUACCUCAACAGACCGUCUAGUUCAGCUUGAAGACCUGGUGGAUCUUAAUUUAGUUGAGCGAAUCGAUGGCUGGCCCCUUCGCGGACUUGUACCGAAACGAAAGGAGGAUAUCCAAUUGAUAUAUGAGCAGGCGAAGAAUCACUCUACUUUCAUGGGCUUUAACGACUACCUUGAGAUUUAUACCCGUGAGACUAUGCCGGAGCGGUACCACUUCUCGAAGAGCAAUAGAAUCGCACCAGUAUGGAUAAUCCCCAAGACUGGCUGGGCGAUUGUCGAAAGGCCAGGAUUUGACGUGAAAGAAGCCCAGAAGGAGGGUAAAGCCUACCAUCCGAUGGGGAUACAUGGGUACGACCACGAACAUCCGCUUAUGAGAGCUAUCUUUGUAGCUCGGGGGCCAAGUUUCCCUCACAAAGCAAACAGUCGAGUGCCAGAAUUCCAAAAUAUCGAAGUAUAUAAUAUAAUAUGUGAUUCACUGCGAAUCCAACCUCAACCCAACAAUGGCACAUUACGCCUCCCUUUAAAACCUGUCGGUUUACACUCCGAUGGGAAAAGCCCUCCAAUUGAAAAUCUAGACGAUCAAGAUCCACCCCAGCCGGCCUCAUCCACGUCUCCAGUUCCGACCCAGCCCCCGGUUCAGCAGCCUACCACAGUCAGUGGAAAUGCUGGUAUUCCCCCUCCCCCUCCUCCUACGGCAACAACCAGUCAAAGCCAAGGGCAAUCUGCUUCAUUUUCGGUAGCAUAA